AUGGACUUUGUUUCUGUUGCUGAUGUUGUUGGGUCGUGGGAACGUGUCAAUACAAUGCAUACAAUGGAAGAGCUUGCCUUCUUCACUGGAUCGACAUGUACUGACGACGUGGGAACAAGCACAUCUGAUGAUAUGGAGUCGGUUCCCUCUUCUAUUCAGUCUUCUGUCAGUUUGCUUAGUCCACUCGAAGCGCGAGAAAAAGUGAGGAAGUUGGCAUUGCAAGCCAACAAUGUGGAUGACUUCUUCGAAUUGAUUCCAGACGAUUUGCUCGACAACUUCUUCUCCGACUACAAAAUGUUGGUGCAACAUAAAAUGUUGGAAGAGCAAUGUGAUAAUAUUAGGGAAGAACUGAUGAAACAGUCCAAAAGAGCUGAUGAUUGA